CACGAUACUUUUUGAAAAACCCGGAUAGUGACCGUUUCACAAUAUUAGUUCCCUCUCGAAGUAAUUUUUGGGAAAUCACUAAAGUUACUCAAGCCCCCCUCACGAGUUUACACUGACUUCCUCUUGUCUGAAAGUCUACUCCAUGAAAAACAAACCACUGAGCUUUUAAUAGUCCUCGUGCAGACUCCUCCCCAUUGAGUUGUCCUGGGAAACACUAACAACUCUGAGAAAGUCAGUCUUGUUCCUUGAAGAGGACACUUUUGGUCUGAAAACCUGAUCGCUGCGCAACUUUUCACUCUUUUUUUAAACAUCCAAAUACUGCGAGUUCACCAACAGGAGGAUUAUUAUGUGUUCAGAACAUUAUUUUUCAUCUUCUUCACGCUGAGCUUCAACUGCUGAAGUGUCCAGGGACAUGAAACUCAAUCCACAGCAAGCUCCAUUGUAUGGUCAUUGUGUUAUCACAGUACAGCUCAGUGAUGACGAGCUGGCUGGUAGUGAGGAGGGCAUGGACUACUUCCUGCUGUUCGCUGGCAGUACGCAGAGGCACCUGACCAGCACCCUGAGGAGCAGUCAUGACACCUUGCAGGCUUUGUGUCCCGCUCAUGACUGCUGCGAAGUGGUGCUGGUCACCUUGUGCUCAGUCACCCGAGGUGUCCCCGAGGAGCCACAAUCCCAUCUGGUUCACGUGGCGCCAUUGGCCGAGCAUCGAUUCAGCUUUGUUCAGGAUUUGGCGUUUGACAUGGCCCAGUUCCUGGUGAGCACGGUGGGCCGGGCUGAUGGCCUCGAUGGGGCGCUGCUGCUGGAUGAGUGUCAGAUUCCUCUGCAGGAGUGUGAGCGUCUGGAUGAGAGUUUGGCACUGGCCCUACACCACCUCAAACUGCCUACAGGAUGGAAUUUACUGGGGAACAAACGAUCCAACAGCACUGAUCUGAAUCCUCAGGAGACUCUGCUGCAUUUCUCAGCACGUCGAGGUCUCUUUCAGGUUACACACUUCUUGCUGCAGCAGGCUGGGGCAAGGGGAGCCCUUCGUUUGGCCAACAGGCAAGGCUACACCCCGUCCGCUGUUGCGGAAUUACGAGGGCACAAAUGCCUCCAUGAGCUCCUCACAAAGGCUGAGACCGAGCCGGAGAAGGACGAAGAGUCUGACACUGUCCAGCAGGUCUCUGAAGACGUUCAGGUGUUUUGCCACCUUCCCAAACUGAACACACACACUUUGACACUGAGCAUACACCCUGGGCGUGACCCACCGUCCUUUCAGAAGAGUGUGGAGCAGCUGCUGCACUUGAUUUGUCAUCUUCAUGCCAAGGGAGUUUCUGUACUGAAGCUGCAAUUUGAUUCUCUGCACACUGCUGCUGAAUGUUCUGACGGUGUCGAAGCACACUUAACAUGUCUGGAUCGACUCCAGCAGUCUGAUACGGCGUCGGAGUGCCCGGAUACAACAACACAAGGGAGUUGGUUAGAAAAUUGCCCAGUGGAGAGCAACAGCACUGUUGAUUGUAGACAAGGUGAGCCUGGAAAUGCAGAGAAAGACUGUAGUUUGACUGUGAGUACUCCAACAUCAGAAGUACACCCCCAGGAGCAUGGCCUCGUUCCCCCAGGGGACUGGGUGUGUUCAAACACGGAGAGAGAUUACUCCAAAGCAGAGGAGGAGGAGGAGGAACAGGAGCGGCCUGUUGUUUCCAUGCAGAGUUUGAGUUUGUCUGACAGGAGUGAAGGAGUACAGAGUGAGGCUGAAGGGAAAAGUCUCACUGUGGGAAUUCUACCACAGGCAGGCUGUGGUAAACAGGCAGAGGAAACUGAUAGAGGAGAGGCUGUGAUCCAGGAAGGACAGGAGGCCAAGAAGGGAGAGGAUAGAUCUGAGCAGGAAGCAGAGGACAGCUCAGCCAAGAGGAGGGAGGAGGAGAUCAGCUCUGAAUUAACAGAUCUACUAAAGGCCAGCGGAGACACAAACGAGUCAAUCAUGGGCCAGUCAGCAUCAUCAUCAUACUCUGAGGUUUCAGACAAUUCUGAUUCUGAAGUGAAGGAGUGCUCCCAAGAAGAAGAGAACGUUGGGAAAGAAGACGCGAAACACAGCCGGGAUGUCAGUAAUGUACCAUCUCUAGAUGAAAACGAGGAAGAGAGUGAAGGAUUAACAGACACUUUAUCAACCCCGAUGGACCUCCCAGACCCAACGCUGAUAGAGUGUGGUGAUGUAAUCAAGGAGCCUCAACCUGUUCCAUGUCUGUUGAUAGAAGGUCUCCAUGAAGGGGAACCUCUACCAGACAUAAACAGCCUGGAACAAAACCAGGAAACAGCUGGUAGGGAUUACGCUACAGAGCAGGAGUGGGGUUUGGCAUCAGAAAGUGGUUGUCAUUCUGGGAGUUGUACUGACGCAGUCGGUGGAAAAGAGCUACACAGUGAAGACGUAGUCGAACCCUCUGGAUACAGUAUUGAAAGCAGCAUUUUGCCUGUGGAAGAAGCUGACAGUUCAGCUGUUUUUUUGGCUUUCAGUGACGUCGUAGUAGAUACACAGACUGAUACUUUUAACUGUGAGCCGUUGCCUGACAAGAUGCCAACUGAACGUCAAGCUGCCCAUGACUCAGGUACGGCCCAUGGACUCUCCAGUGAUGACGAUGGCAGUUUCAGAUCAGCUGGAAGCUCUACAACAGAAAUAUUCCAGCCUGCUAAUGGCAGCGUCGCUAUGGAGGAUCAGGACUUACUUCAGUCAACGAUAGUACAGCAGUCCUCAGCUGGAUUUAAGAUUGAGGCACCCAGUGACUUUAAACCUAAAGAAACCUGUGAACAUUUCACAACUGUGGAUACAGGACUCUCAUCGGAGCCUGACACCCAGCUUGAAUCAGAACCCAAACUCUUGAGCUUGGAUGAUUUAAAUUCUGAAGCGACUGAGAAUCUAGCCCCAGAUCUUUCCAAAGAGGAUCUGUCCUUUGACUCAGCUAGGAGUGAGGAUACUCCAACAGUACAGGUGGAGGAAAGUGAAACUGAGGAGACCAACAGCUCUGACCUGAAUGUAGGGAUAGAGCUUUCAGCAUCAGGAUUGGGCAGCGGGGUACUUACCGAAACUGAGCCACCUGUAACAGAAGAGAGCAAAGUCAUCAACAUAGUUGAAGAGGAUGUUCAACAGACCAGUGAGACAAGUGAUAUGCCUGUGGUAGUGGCAGCAGAUGAGAGUGGAAAUGUUCAACCUAAACAGGAUAAUUCCGAGAUAACAGCAGAGGAAAGGCUACCUGAGAAUCAGAUCACUUUGUCUAUCCCACAGGGUGACAUUGUUCUUUCAAAUAGUGCUGAUCGAAGUUCCUCGGAAAUAACGGCACUUUCACUUAAGAGUGAAGGAUCCAUAGAACUUCAUACUGAGAAUCUGAUGACUGAAAAUCCCUCUGAUUUUGUGGAUGGAUCCUUGGAGAGCUGUGGCACUAAAGCUCAAGAGGUGGAUGUCAUCAAGUCUGAAGACACUUUAAGUGAUGCAGGGGAGGAACAAAAUGGCCCAGCGGAGGGAGCAGACUUCUCCACGAUCCACCGAGACAGAGAGACGUCGUUCCAUCAGCCUUGCAAUACUCAGCACUCAGGAUCCUCAGAGUCUUCAACAUUUUCCAGUUUGCCCAGUAGGACCAGCAGUGCCACCAGCUGCCCUUCUUCAGCCCACAGAGACUCUGGCAGUGACAUAGAGAGUUUCCUGAAUGCAGAACCCGGAUAUGACAGCAUCUUCAGAAAGAAUGAUGAACCUGUGACUGGAGGAGACAGUGCCAGCGAGGUUUCCAUCUCCUGCUCUUCCACAGACGAUACUGCCAGCGUCGGCCCGACCAGCUCUAGCCCGGAGGGCAGCCAGGGCCUGGGCUGCAGCUGGAGUCCUGAAGAGGGCAUCCAGACCGUGGCACCUACCACUGAAGGACUGGACAGUGGAGGAGGAGGAGGGGCAGGAGAGGCUGAAGAAGAGGCCAAAGAUAGAGUAACUGAGGUGCCGCGGCGUUCCUGUCUCUUUCGGAACAGCAACCGUUCCCUGUCACCUCUUCGCCGCCACAGCUGGGGUCCUGGAAAGAACAACGGAGGAGACGGAGAGAUGAACCAGAGGAGUUCCACUCGUAGCUCUGGUGAGAGGAAGCCGGCCUUUCACAGGAGAAGUUACAGCUUGGAGGGGCUCAGUGGAGGCCCUGAAGAGCUCAGGGGCCCCACCAGCCAGGGGCCCCGUAUCCUGGAACCUAUAAGGAUUCCCCGGCAAGACAGCGAUGACAGAGGCUCUUUGGUUUCUCUGACAGAGGAACAGGAGGACCGGGGGGAGUAUAGCAGAGUGCAUGACCCGAAAUCAAGACGAUAUCGGCCCCUGCGAAACAGCUGUCCUCCCAUGAGUCUGCCCCUCACCAAGUCUGUAUCUAUGCUGGCCAUCAGCCAGAGAGACAUCGAUGGUAUGAGGUUUUCCAGCACCUCUGGGUCACUAGCAUACAGUAUAUCAGAAGAGGAGCCUGGGCCUCUGCGGAGUGACACUGAGGGAAAGAGUGUGACAAAAGUUAGCCGGACCUUCAGCUACCUCAAGAACAAGAUGUACAAAAAGACCAGGGAAAAAGAGCGAGACAAACGGGAGAAGGACAAGGAGGGCAAGGAGAAGGACAAGAAGACUGUGAACGGUCAUGUUUUUACACCAGUCAGCUCAAACCACACCACCCAGUGCUCCCAGUGCAAUAAAGGUUUCAAUGGCAAGGAUGCUUUCCAUUGCACAUACUGCAAUGCUUCCGUCCACAAGGGCUGCAGAGACAGCCUGCUUGUUUGUGCCAAGGUGAAGAUGAAGUUGCCCAACCAGCAGUUUGCGGUACCAGAUUCGAGCUUGUUUCCUACAGUAACGAUGAGGAACAAACCUGGUGGGACAAAGGAACGCCCCUGGUCGGCCAUCUUGCCCCCUGAGGACCAUUCCACCUUAAUGAUCCCAUCACGGAGACACACCAGCAUCAUGACUUUCACGGGAAACAACCUCUCCAAGAGUCUCUCAAUAAGCAACAUUGCUGGUCCGGUGUUUGAUGAGAUGCCCAUCAAAGGUCUGCGGUAUCUCUCUCAGUCCACCGACUCGCUCAACAGAACCAACCAGGUCACAGAAUCCAUGGAAUCACUUACUGAUGAAGGAACAGAAAUGAUGGAUGGGCAGCUGAUGGGGGAGUUUGAGGCCGAGGCCAAAGAGCUGGAAGCAGACUCGUGGAGUUUAGGUGUGGAUCAGCAACACCUGCAGCAGCUGGGCAAAGAGCUGGUGAAGAGACAAGAUGUCAUCUACGAACUGAUGCAGACAGAGAUGCACCACGUUCGGACGCUGCGCAUCAUGUCAGAAGUGUACAGCAAAGGCCUGCAGAAGGAGGUUCAGCUGGAGCAGCAGAUGUUGGAGAAGCUCUUCCCCGUUCUAGAUGAUCUACUUGAGCUCCACACACAGCACCUACUGCGCCUGCUGGAGAGGAAAAAGGAGAGUCAGUUAGAGGGAAGAGUCUUUGAAGGAGGCUUCAUCAUCAGCAGGAUAGGGGACAUCCUGGUUAGCCAGUUUUCGGGAUCAAAUGGUGAAAGCAUGAAGAGGGUUUACGGAAGAUUCUGCAGUCGCCACAACGAAGCUGUUAACUUCCACAAGGACCUCCUAACCAAAGACAAACGCUUCAAAGCGUUCAUCAAAAAAAAGAUGAGUAGCAGCAUUGUGCGGAGGCUUGGCAUCCCAGAAUGCAUCCUUCUUGUGACCCAGAGGAUAACGAAGUACCCCGUGCUGAUUCAGAGACUGCUGCAGCACACUAAAGAGAGCGACGAAGACUACUUUGACCUGACGGAGGCUAUUCGACUCGUGAAGGAGGUGAUAGCGGCGGUUGAUAGCAAGGUGAACGAACACGAGAAAAGACGGCGCCUGAAGGAAUUUCACGGCCGUAUGGACAACAAGUCGAUCAUGAUGAUGAAGAACGGGCAAAUUUUCGCCAGGGAGGAUCUGCUUAGGAGGCGGCUGAUCCACGAUGGCGCGCUACAGCUGAAAAACACCCAGGGAAGACUAAAGGAGGUUCAUGCUCUGCUCCUAUCAGACGUCUUCGUCUUCCUCCAAGAGAAAGACCAGAAAUAUGUCUUUGUCAUGCUGGAUCAGCGCUCCACCGUGAUCUCCCUCCAGAAGCUGAUUGUCAGGGAGGUCGCUAACGAAGAGCGCGGCCUCUUCCUCAUCACGGCAGGCAUAGAGAAGCCGGAGAUGAUGGAGGUCCUGGCCAGCUCGAAAGAGGAACGCAACACCUGGAUGCAGCUCAUCCAGGAAGCCAUGCAGUCUAUGGACAAGGAUGAGGAUGAAGGGAUUCCCAGUGAGACGGAAGAUGACAAGAGACAGCUAGAGACUAAAGCAAAGGAAAUGAGAGAACUGUUGAGGCAAAAGGAUACAGAAAUCAUGUCUCUGCUGGAGGAGAAGGUGCGGCUUUUCAGAGGGAUGUGGGAGGGCGUGAGCCCAGGCGAGGAGGCCUGUCGGCAGGUCCAGCCUUUCUUCAGGUCACCCUGCAGCCUGGAGCCGCCUGGGGGGGCGUCCAUCAUGAAAGAUGCCCUGCAGGAAGUGGAGACGUUACAGACACUGGUGAAUGGCAGCCUGGGCGGGGCCAUGGCCAGCGUCCAGGAGGGAGGAGGAGGUGGUGCGGGGCCGGUGUGUUUGCCCCGCAGGGCUGAGACUUUCGGAGGCUUCGACAGUCACCAGAUGCACAGCAGUAAGAGUGGAGACAGAGAUGAGAGUGAGGACAUGGCGGGAGACCUGCGCAGGACGGAGUCCGACAGCGUUUUAAAGAAGGGAGGAAACGCCAACCUGCUGCAGCUGCUGAAGAGGAACAGUGAGCAGGUCCUCCACAGUGUCUCCAACCUGCAUCUCCUGCUAAGCACUCUGCAGGCAGUGGUAGUCCAGCAGGACAGUUUCAUAGAGGACCAGCGGCAGGCCCUGAGUGAGCGCUCCUCCUCUUGCACAUCGUUAUCACGACCGUCCUCCCGGCCCAGCUCGCUGAUUGAACAGGAGAAGCAGCGCAGCCUGGAGAAGCAGCGGCAGGAGUUGGCAUCCCUGCAGAGACAACAGGCAGCUCAUGCUGAGGAGAAGAGGAGAAGAGAGAAGGAGUGGGAGCUCAGGGAAAAGCAGCUCGCUGAGAGGGAGGCACAGGUGCACGCACAGCAGGAGGAGGAAAUCCUGAAGCAGCAGAAGGACCUGGAGGAGGAGAAGCAGGAACUGCAGAACAAGAAGGAGGAGUACCAAAAGGACCUGGAGAGACUGAGAGAUGCCCAGAGGAAGCUGGAGAGGGACAGGGAGGCUAUGCAGCGGCACCUCAACAAGAUGGAGGAGCUGCGUCUGGCUGAGAGGACUCCCUCUACAACGUCUGAUGAGUUCGCUGGCAGCUCCCAGUCUCUGGAACUGGACCCGCUGGAGUUCUCCCCCUCCUCCUCUCUGCCGAGGCUGCAGCCCCAGCGGUCCAAGCCCAAAGGGAAAGGCCUCAAUCCCUUUACCUCAUCCUCCACGAACCUCAAGGGCAGCGAAGGCAACAACCAGAUCUCAAAGAGCCUCCUGCAGCUAGCCAAGAACAAGGGCAAAGAUGGGAAGGAGAAGGAGAAGAAGAAGAAGAAGGCCAAAGGGGGGAGCGCACAGUCAGCAGACUCCCAGCCCCUUCCAGAGCCGCCUCUGGAUGGAGAGAUUUUCUUCUGCUGAGACAAGUGGCUCUCCUCCUCCUCCUCCUCCUCAUCAUUACCAUGAACCCAUCAAACCACUCUGACGGUGGAAUGUGCUGCCAAGUAGUAACACAUUCACCUGCACACACAGGCUGUUUGAAUCACCUUGAAAAGGCUUUUAGUUAAUUUUCCAUGUCAUAACAUAGAGCUGUUUAACAUUACAUGGAAGUAGAUACAUUUUAAAAACAAAUACCACAGCUUUUAGUUUGUUGGGAAUUCGGAUAUUUUAGGCUUUGCUGUGGUGUGCGUUUAUGGAUCAGUUCAGUAGCUAAAAAUGGGAAGGAUGGACUGGCUGUGCACUUUUUCGUUAUUCCCUAUCCAAAAUUCAUCUUUUCCUUUUCCAAAGAAAUGGUUAGAAUUUCUUCAUUUUGAAAAAUCAGACAUCUGUGACAGCUCAGUAUCACGCUGAAAGCAUUUCACAGCGAAUUGCCUUUCAGGCUCUACCAAGUCUGUCAGGGGCUUGUGUGUUACGGCUGCCUUUUUUCCUAGAGCCCCACACCAGCAGGCUGUGAUGUUAAUUUACAGAAGCAGGGCCUUUUCCAUGUGACUUCAACCACACGUUCAAGGACACAGACAAAUCCAAAUGCCACUGUGAAUGUCAGCGAGCUCCCUGUGGCACUGGAAACUCCUCACACCUAAUCAUAUUCAUUGACAGCUAAUUGAUGACUGAACCCACGGGGGGGAACUUACGGGUCCUAGCAACAUUUCUUAAUCAGAGAGAGUCCAAAGCCGUUUCAGUGCUUCAGUCAGAGACGCAGUGAAUCAUAGCCUGACGUUCGCGUAGCGUGUUCGAAAAGCAGAUGUGAUUAGAGCCGCCGAGUCUGUCCCCAGUUUGCAAGCAAAAGGGAAUUGGCUAACUUGUGUAAUCCUUAAUGAUGACUUCAUGCCAUCAAUCAUGUUCCUUAAUGAGGUUUUAAUUUAUUUGAAUUAUGGCUAUCUCCAAUUUGGAGUGAAGCUCUUCAGAUGUGUAUUUUCUUAGACGCUCAGUAAUGAAAGGAUUGAGACAUAUCUCUCUCUGUCUAAUGGCUCAAUUCAUAUCCUUUAGUGUGUUUUAGAGCCUUGGAUGGAUAUUGGCUCGAUCAUCGUUUUAUCUGCCUGUCAAUGGGCUUUUAUGCAGCCCUCAUCUUUCAUCUGAGCGCCGACAAGCAGGGCUUUCCUUCGUUUUUUAAUUGCAUGUAACUCUGCAGGUAGCAUACUAAUGGUUUCUGUGUGUUAAAGAGAUCAACUCUCUCUUCCGCCUUCUUUCAGUUCCCAUAAUAGAUUCUGCAGAUGCGCACAGCUGCUGGUCGUAGGAAACGGAGGCUGUUAAUUUAGGGACAAAGCAACCGCUUAGAGGGAAUGAGAGUGGACAUUAGCUAAAAACAUGUUCUGUUGUUGUUUCGUGACUAAACCGACUCAGCAGGUAGCUCGUGAGUCUCUGAUCAUUUCAGAUUAGUCAACACUCAUAAGUGUUGUUGAGCACUUUGUCCUAAAAAUGUUAACACGUUUAUUUUUAAUCAGUGUGAGAUACGAGUAAAUAUGAUUUCUUUUUUUUAAUCAAGGGCAAAAUGAUCCAAAGACGGUUAAGGUGUUUAAGUAGAUUAAAUAAGGGGCUGUGAGCUUUUAUGGAGUUUUUCAAAGAUGACCCGUCUUAAUAUUUAAGACCUGCGAAGCUCACACUGUGGGCAGGACUACCUGCGCGACAGGUAGGAAGGACAAAGAGACGUUUAAAAAGGAUCCUCUUCCCAUGAAUGGCAGAGCAGCAUUGCCGAACUGCUUCCUUGCUGCCUCUUUUUCUCACGUUUAAGUGCUUGUUUGUUAACUCGCUGUCUCGUGUUGAGGAUUUGACUUCACGUCCAGGCUGGUUUAUUAUAGUGUGUCUUGUAAGAGGCUUAUGCGGCCUGCCAAUUAGUUGCUUCAUGUCUUUUGUUUAUGGCUUUGGUGUAAUCCUGUCAAAGAAACGGAGAGGGGUAGACGGUUAUUUUUGGUGUUGCUUUAAGGUGUGUUUUGACCACUAGGGAGCACUGCACCUAUAACUAAAUAAUUUCCCUCCCUCCCUCACACAACAGCAACAACCAGAAAGUAUGAAACUGUUUAGUCUUUUUUUUUCCUGUGACUCCUGCUGUGAGAAAUUGAUGUAUUUUUUUCUCAGCAGGUCAGAGAUAAUGUGAUGAGCGUGGGCUCUCACACUCUGUGACAUUUUUCCCCACGGCAUUUGUAAUUGACUGCAGAAACAAAUAAGUUGUCAGAGAUUGUAAUUGGUUAUUCGGUGAAACCAGUCAGCAGCAGCUUUAAUGUGGGGGGAAUAAAAAGGUUGGAGGAAGCGACUGGGCAGAACCACAGACCUCUGUAAGGGACAAUCAGCAGACACAAGUCAGGAAAAUGAACUCCCUCACCCAGUGAUGAUGAUAAGCCUGUCCGAGAGACGAGUGUGUCCAUUAGGUGAACCCUGCGUAGCCUUAAAUCUUAAUGAUAAAAUGCACUAGAGUAGAACCCAGCGUCUUCUCAGGAGAGAGGAGAGCUUUUAUACCUCUGCUUUGAAAGGAAGGAAAUGUUUGUACUAUUCAACUGGUACACAGUUGUUUCGUUCUCAGCAAUGUAAAAAAAACAAAAAAAGAAGGGCAAAUGUGUAAAUAUGAUUUAUGUAUAAUACAAAUUACUUGUAAAAAAUAAUUGACUUGUGAUUUAUUGAAGCAUUUUGUAAGAAUGUUUUAUUUAUGUUUUAUUCUCACCAACAAGGUGAUAAACAAUGUAAAGGUGUAUUUCUCUCAUAAUAAAAAAAAUACCACAAUUGA